AUGGCGACUGAGAAGAUCAUGCUUGGGUCACCUGCUGAGGUUCUCGGCGAGGGACCGGCGAAGAAGCGUUGUGGAAGGCCGGCAAGGGUCGGCCACUUACAUGAGGAGGCAGGGCCGGACCACUUCCUCAAAAUCAUCUUGAAGCCCACCGUCGGUCGGCUCAUGAUCCCUACAGCUUUCGUCAAGUGGUUCAGAGUAAUUCCUUCCAACAUCAUCGUCACCACCAACACCGGAUGCAACUGGAGGAUGACUACGAGGAGAGAAGGCAAUGACGCAUUCAUCGACCAGGGAUGGACGGCCUUCGCCGUCGCCCAUCAGCUCAAGGUAGGCCAGUUCCUCACCUUCAGAAAGGUGUCCUCCUUGGAGUACAGUGUGGUCAUUUUCGACCACACCUGCACUGAGGUGGUGAGCAGUGUGUUGAACUAUGAUCCUGUCUGCCGUGUCCAGAACUAUGAUCGUGUCUAUAAAAUAUUGUGUCGUGAACUUGAGUCAUCUGUGAUCAGUGCUAAGUUCUCUGUCGUCUAUGAUUGUGUUCUUACUUGUGCUGUUAAUCGCUGGUGUUUCCAAGCUUUGGAUUAUUUCAAGGAUCUCUAUGAGAAAAAUCUUUCACGUUGA